AUGUCCGGCAGCAAGAUCUCCAACACUAGCAGCUCAGCUGACUGGCAUGAGUUCUCUAUUUCGUCCUGGCAGGCUGGACGAACCAUGCUUCAUUGCAUGGGCAGCAUUCGUUUGACCAAACCUCUUACAGCUCGAGAAAAGCGCAGUGUUACGUUAUCUGAGACCGAAGGUUUUGACAAAUGGGCCAUGAACAAGUGGUACACAAAAUGGCAUGAGGAGGGUCUUUGUUUUGGCCCGCACUUUCGGUCUCUUCACAGCCUACAAACUGAUGGGGGGCGAAGUCGGCGGGAGACAAUUGGGAUCACCAAGCUUGAGCCCACUCUUGACGGACACGGCGGUACGCCUUACACUCUUCACCCUAUCACCAUGGAUGCGGCGAUCCAAACAGCUGCCUUGAGCACAGCGGCAGGGCACGUCGACUCCUUGAGGGCCUGGUUGCCAGUUUUCAUUUCCGAGUGCAGAAUACAGCCUCCUUCGAGCCAUGUCGAUAUUGACGUUGAGAUUCACGCCUCCUCAGAAGAAACCGGUCUCUCUAGCAGAUCCAUUUCAGCCACAGUACGUGAUUCGUCUGGCAAGCCUGUAAUGGAUUACGCCGGACUACGAGUUGCUUUGUGUACCGGAAAGAAUGUAACUGCAGUCGACUCGUCAACCAUUAGCCAAGGCGGUAACAACCCUCCAGCAGACCUGUAUACGCAGCGCAAUCCAACUCUGAGAGUGACGUGGAAGCCCGAUAUUCAGCGUCUCGAUCAGAGUGGAGAGUUAAGUCUGAGGGAGUACAUCGCUGCAUUUGUGGACCAGCAAACCGAGGACCUGCGUGAUGACGAGAGUCUAUCCGUUAUGAGCGCUCUUCUUGAUCUCGCAGGACACAAGAACCCACGGAUGCGUGUACUCGAGCUAGGUGGUGACGGUCUAGGCUACAAGUCAAAGCACUGGCAAUCGGCCUUGUCCAAAGAUACUGCCUUCUCUAGGUGUCGGUCCUGGCAUGUUGGAACCCUGACAGCGGAUGGGAACAUGUCCCUGGAGCCGGAUGGUGAAGAAGGCCUAUUUGAUGUCUUAUUACUUCCGAGACACGAUACAUCGAAGCAAUUCUGGGAUCAGCUGCCCAAACGACUCAAUGACUUGAUAUCAGAUCAGAGCAUCUUUAUCACUCGCGCAACGAACGUUGGUAGGACUGAGCUACAAUUGGCUGGUUUUGAUGUCCUGGAUGUCGGAAACCAGAUCUUACUAGGCGUGCGUCCUCUUCAUAUGCCCGGCAUCGGGAACAGGAACGUCUUCAUUUUGCGUUCCGAUAAUGCUUCCGCCGCCGUUAUAAAACUUGGCGAGGCUAUAUCAGCAAUGCUGUCGGAACAAGUCGGUAUAUUUCAUGUCACCGGUAUCGAACUCCAUGAGCUAGAUGCGACCAAAAUCUGUGACGUGGACAUAUGUAUCUCUCUGCUCGAAAUGGAGAACGAAUUCCUAGCGACCAUGAACCCACAAGACAUGGAACGACUGCGCUCCAUAACAUCUACGACGACAAACCUCCUGUGGAUCACGGGCGCAAACAUGCUAGGCUCAACACCAAACCCCAACUUGACGCUUUCGAACGGUCUGUCCCGGGCUCUGAUGCUGGAACAGCCUGCACUGCGCUUCUCCAUUCUAGACGUUGGAUUACUCGUCGAUCUUGAUACGGAGUUGAUAUGCUCCAGUGUUAUCAAAGCCCUUGGACGCGUGCAUGACAGAGAUGAUUGCGAGUUCAUACAGAAAGAUGGCCUCUUGCAUAUUAGCAGAUACUGUCCUGACAUUCAGCUCAAUUCACUCUUCCGGCGGCGUCUUGGACUUCAGGCCGGUAGGGACUUGGAAUCGUUGGCGAAUUCGCAUCCAUCACGACUGUCGAUUGAUCGCAUUGGGGCUAUGGACUCGCUCUUCUUCCAGACAUUGUCUGGGCCUACCACUCACGCCGCUUUGGCCCCUGGCUUUGUUGAUGUCGAUGUGAGAGCCGUUAGUCUUAACGCCAAAGAUGUGUACACCAUGAGCGGACAUGUUGACACUCGGAAUAUGACUACGGCAUUCGACUUUUCAGGCCUCGUCAAUUCGGUUGGUCCAAAUGUCAGUCAUGUCGCAGUGGGUGAUCGCGUUGUUGUAUCCGCUCCUCAUCAUCUUGGAACAGCGGUUCGUGUACCAGCUGGGUACGUGCACAAGAUGACACCCGAUGAAGAAUUUACGGUGAUGCCUUCUAUGUUGGUCAUCUAUCCCACUGCGCUGUAUGCUCUCAACGAGCGUGCCCACUUACGUUCGGGCGAGUCUAUUCUCAUACACGCUGGUUCUGGUGGUCUCGGCAUCUCUGCUAUCAUUCUCGCCCGCAGGAUAGGCGCUACUGUGUACACCACCGUUGGAUCAGACAUCAAACGCGAGUAUCUCAUCAACGAGCUAUCCAUCCCAUCUUCACACAUCUUCAACUCCCGCGACUCCACAUUUGUCCAAGGUAUCAUGGAUGUAACAGGCGGCCGUGGAGUCGACGUCAUUCUCAACUCCCUCGUUGGCGAUCUGAUGCACGACAGCUGGCGCUGCUUAGCAGACUUUGGGCGUUUCGUCGAAGUUGGGAAGCGUGAGCUCGUUGAUGUUGGCAAACUGGACAUGAGCGUAUUCCUUCGCAACGCCACUUUCACGGCGUUCGAUUUGUCGGAGCUGUUCUACUCUCAGGACCACUUCCAUCGAUCUACCUGGGAUAGGCUUAUAAGUGAGACGUUACAGCUCUAUCGUGACGGAGAGAUUCAACCGCCUCCGAUCAAGGUCUUUGAUGUUAGUCAGAUAGCGCAGGCAUAUAGAAGUUUCUUGAGCAAAGAUCGAGUGGGCAAGAUUGUGAUUUCGAUGGAGGAUCAACAAUCUCGAGUGCCGGUCGCCCCACCUCUUUAUCUAAGUGUCUUUGAACCUGAUAAGGUUUAUCUCCUCGUCGGAUGUCUCGGUGGCUUAGGACGUAGCUUGAGCCGCUGGAUGAUGACCCGCGGAGCCCGUCGAUUUGUGUUCCUCGGUCGUUCCGGAGCUGACAGGCCGAGUGCGCGUCAGCUAAUCUCCCGGCUGGAACAAGCCGGUGCCACGGUCGGAAUUGUCCGCGGUGACGUCGGUAACAUGUCCGAUGUCACGGAAGCAGUUGAAGCAUGUGUCAGUGCGGGAAGACGCAUAGGUGGCGUAGUUCAAGCAGCCAUGGGUCUUUCCGAGUCUCUCUUCGCCAGCAUGUCUAACGAGGCUUGGCAUACUGGCAUCGACCCUAAGUUCCAGGGGACAUGGAACCUCCACAACGCGCUGCAGGUCCACAUCGAUAAAGACCAAAGCAACGAGUCUGACUUCUUCCUGCUCACCUCCUCGGUCUCGGGGACUGUCGGCACAGCUACUGAAAGCAAUUACUGUUCGGCCAACGGUUUUCUCGACGCUUUUGCUCGAUGGCGUCGAUCGCGCGGCCAGGCUUGCGUUUCGGUUGGUCUAGGUAUGAUCUCAGAGGUCGGUUAUCUGCACGAAAACCCUGAGAUUGAGAGCUUGCUUCUGCGCAAAGGCAUCCAGCCUCUCAAUGAAGAUGCAUUCCUGCAGAUCAUCGAUCUUGCAUUGAUUAGCGAGCAAGAUGGUCGGAUUGACUACUCGCAUCUCCUCACUGGCUUGGAGUCUGCUGCAAUUCGCGAGCUGAGUGCACAAGGGUUCGACGUCACCAGCCACGGCGUGCUAAAUGAAGCACGCUCAUCAAUUCUCGUAGCCUCUGUGUUAGCAGAGAAAGAGGCUCAGGAUGUGGCUCCCCAUGACGGUCACCUAGCCAUUGUGGCGACGGCAGAAUGGUUCAAGAGCAUUCCCUCGGCUCUGUCACCCGUUUUUGCCCCGGUUGCAGACUCGGGUACCCUGCGCAUCGCGAUCAUGCAGCUAGUCAAGACGCGCUUCUCUAAUUUGAUACUGGUCCCUACAGACCAGAUCAGUGAGGAUAAGCCGCUGCCUAACUUUGGUGUUGAUAGCAUGAUUGCGUCAGAGUUUCGCUCGUGGUUCUGGGCAGUUUUACGGAUAGAUAUUCCCUUCUUGGACAUUAUGAGCACGAAAACGACUUUGAGCACGUUGGCAGAGUUGGUAGAAGGGAAGCUUUAG